CUUCUGAAAUCAUGGCUUUUUCAAACCUAGAAGGAGUGUUUAAGUUAGCCCAAAGACCAGUUCACACUAUCAGCAAUAGAAAAGAAGAAGACAUUGAGCUGAAGGCAGACUCAAAAGGAGCUCUAUUGUUUGUCAAGGACUGCGCAGAUUGCCACGCCAGCUUGAGUGAAAAGGCUGCUAAAGUUCUUCUGGAAGACUGUACUAAUUUGGUUCUGGACGUAAAAUCCACGCUAAUUUCAGGUUUACUGGAGUUUGUGUCAUGCAAGAAGGUUGUGCUGAAUUUACUUGACGGUGGUCAGGUAAGAAAAAAAAAGGGCCAAAUCGAGUUUAAAAGUUUAAUACUGUAUUUCAGUUUCUUUAAACUAGAAAGUACUGCAGAAAUGUUUGAGGAGGGUCAGGGGUGGGGUGAGGUGGGGAUUGAACGGGGCAGGGUUCGUAUUCCUUUGAGCUCUUCAAAAUCUAUGACUUUUUCCUUGACCUUAGGUUUGGCUGUCCCCUUCAAAAAUUGUCACAACUUCCCUUGUUUUAGGGUAUUUUUUGACCUGACAGUUCAACAGACACAAAUUCUAAUGUCCACCAAAAUGUGUGACAUUCAUACUAUUCAAUCACUCCUCUCUAUCUUACAAUGUCCUUGCUUUAUCAUCUGCAGUAACUAAUCUACCACACAAAACUUUAAUUUUCCAUGACUUUCAAGGACCAACUGUUGAAUUCCAUGACUUUCCAGGCCUGGAAAAUGAAAUUCUUAAAAUUUAUUCUGUGUCUUUCCAGGAUUUCCAUGACCGGUACAAACCCCAGGGGAAAGGAAAGCUAUAGGGAGAAGGGAGAAAUGGCAAAAAACAGUGGGUAAGAGGGAGAAAUUGAUGCAAAAAGUGGGGGGAAGGGAAGAUUUAUCCCAGGGUCAGGAGGGUAGUCUGGAUUUCAAGUGACAGGGAUGAUUAAAGGAUUUUUGGGGUUUGAAAUUUUCGAUUCCGGGAUUUUUUUGGGGAGGAAAAUUUGGCAAGUAUUUUUUUUGGUGGCUUGAUUCAUGAUGGUGCCCAUGUUGUUCUGCGAUUUAAGGACAACCAAACUUGUUUUCCUUUCUGGAGAUUUUUAAAGCUCAGAAAUUCAGCAUGGAAUUUUGGGGGGUUGAUUUUUAGUCCAGGAAUUUUUUUGGGUUUUGUUGGAAGCCAUAUGGGACUUUUUUUUGGUUUCGAUUUUUGGCCCCAUUCAAUCAUCCCUGUCACUUAAAAUUGGGAGAUUUGCACUCCUUUCCUCCCCUCCUCCCCUUGAGACACUUGUAAGAAGUUCAAUUUCCACUAACUGACCUUACCUCGUUUCGAAGGUUUCUCACCUCAGGGGACAAGCAAAUGAAAGAAUGUGGCCAGGAUUGACCACAGUUUGUUUUAUCUUCAAGUGUUCCUUUUUUCGAGGGAGGGAGGAGGAAAGCUCUAGUUUGUUUCCUUGCUGAGUUUCUUUGACAGACAUUGUACUAGUCUACAUUCCUAUAAUUAUGUUUUCUUUUUGCAGAUCCCAACCAUAAUGGCUGACAGCACAACAGAUCUGACCAUAAAUAUUCUGCAACACUCCCAGUUUGAGUCUAUUUAUCUUCACCGCUCAAGCAACAUUGAAGUGUGUCAACUUGGUGAAUCCCCUGUGAAUCAUCCUGUCACUUUCCCAGAAGGGGUUUCUCAAGACUCCCAGUUUUUGGUUCAUUGGGAAAAAGAGGGGGAAGAUGAAAAGCUUGUUUGCGAACGAGUUAUCAGGGAGGGGGUGUUCCCCACUACAGAGCGAAAGCUGAAGGAAGACAAAGAAAGGACAGCAAGAGACAUGGAGAAGUUAGCAGCAGCUCUUGUAGAUGGAAUAAAAAUCCUGCCUAAGGGACAUCAACAAGGAAAACCAAGCAAUGGAAAGCAGGGUAAUUGAUCAGAUCCCUCACUGCACUAAAGCAAUGGAUGCGUAAAAGUGCUGUCUCAUGAACCAUUGCACUGAUAUUUCAUCAGACAUUUUGUUAUCUUCGGAAUAAAACAGCAUUGAACAUAGAGUCAGGGACUGAACUUAUUCUCUUUUGAAAGAUUUCUCAGAUAAAAUUAUUUUGCAAUCAUAGAUUGUAGACUCAUCUGGUAAAACUAGGACUAUUAACAAGCGACUAGCACUUCUGUUUUAUGCAUUAUUUGCACUACUGUACCCUGACUAGAAUAUUUUACAAGAAUUUCAGGGUGUCAUAAUUGAAGAAUCAAACUGAUUUAAGUAUGGAAUCUAGCAUUAUUUUAGGAAAAUAAAACAAGCCAAAUAAUAAUCAAAAAAUAAAUAAAACGAUGGUUUACACUGUUCCAACUUCUCUCUCGCUUUUUGUUUUCAUUUAUGUACCAACAUCACACUCACUCUGAUUUUGGUUACUUAAUAAUAAUUUUUCCAUGUUUACAUGUGUACGUAUUUAACCAAAUGGAGAACUUCUUGUCUCAUCUACGGUUCUGUGUUGUAACAAAUUGUAUGCAUGUACACAUGUUAUGUUUUUAUUCCUUGACAAUGUCAACAGUGUACCAAAGACAGCUGAAAGAGAAACUACGUUUUCAUUUGAGUCACACACAGCUUUUGACAACAUAACCUUCAUUCUGUCUUACUUCUUCCGCAUAGGUUCUGCUCAAGCAAAACCUUCCUCAGUGAAACCCAGUAGCAACGUCCCUAAGCCAUCUCCUACUGGAAGAAACUACCCAAACAUUGGGGAGGAAGAUGAGAAAAAAGAGUUCUUUGACACUGAUGAAGAACUGGAGAAGAAGAUUGACCUUCUUGCAAAAUGGGUAAAAGAGAGUAAACACUGUGUAAUGUUCACUGGUGCAGGAAUAAGUACAAGCACUGGGAUCCCUGAUUUCCGCAGUGGCAUGAACACUGUGCUUAAGACAGGCCCCGGUGUCUGGGAGUUACAAGCAAAAGGUGUGUCACGCAAGCCAGGAGCAGCUCUUCCCAACAUGCUAAAAGCCAUACCGUCACUUUCCCAUAUGGCUAUAGUACAGAUGCAUAAGGAGGGCAUGGUCAAGUUUACUGUGAGCCAAAAUGUUGAUGGUCUCCAUCUACGCAGCGGCAUCCCCGGUAACGAGCUGGCUGAACUUCAUGGAAAUACAAAUUUGGAGAAAUGCACUACAUGCGGAGCUAAGUAUCUGAGAGACUUCAAUGUACGCACUGCCAGGUGGGUUCAUGAUCACAAGACAGGCCGAUUUUGUGAUAACCCAAAAUGUCAUGGGCCACUGGUGGACUCAAUCAUAAAUUUUGGGGAAAGCCUUCCCAGUUAUGAACUGGAGGAGUCUUAUCGGCAAGCAAAGAAGUCUGAUCUGAUCAUCGUGCUUGGUUCCAGCCUUCGUGUCAAUCCUGCUGCUGACAUUCCUGCUGAGGCUGUCCGUCGCAAACAGAAGCUGGUCAUCUGCAAUCUACAGAAAACACCUCUGAGUCGUUACAGCUCCCUUGAAAUACACAGCCAGAUAGAUGCUGUUAUGAAAGGUCUUCUGGAUAGGCUUGGCUUGGAGGUCCUACCGUUCAAAGUCCAGCGACGCUUCGCCAUUGAAUUAAGCCCUGAGAAAAUCUUGAUUCAAGGCCUUGACCUGGUAUGUGAUACCCCAUAUUCAUUCUUCAAGCAUGUGUCACUGCGUGCAUCUCAGGAAGUUAAAGGAACCAAGAAAGUCAUUGAUGAAAAAGUCCUUUCUAAGGAGCCUCUUGAAAUGCAAUUUAAAAAAGGGCUCACUAUCUCGGAAGAAACAACCUUGAUUUUAGACAUUGAGUUAGGUUUCCAUGGCCAUUAUGGUGAGCCAAACAUGUCAUUCAGUGAUACCAUAAAAUGUCCUGGGAAGACCAUAUUUUGCACAGAGUAUGAUCUCACUAAUGGACAAUGGUCCCUGAAAAAGUACUAA